AUGAGGUCUGGAUCGAGCUCCAGACCUUCUUCGUGCCCCCAUGGCUCCGCACUCCCGACGCUGCUGCUUCUUCUUCUUCUAGUUGCAUCAGCCGCGCAAGCUCAGCAAACGCCAACGAUGAAGACCGAUCCAGUCGAAGCGGCGGCGGUGAACGCGGUGUUCGCCAAGCUUGGCCAGACGGCGUCGUCGGCAUGGAACAUCAGCGGCGACCCCUGCACCGGCACCGCCACGGACGGCACCGUCAUCGACGACAACCCCAGCUUCAAUCCGGCCAUCAAGUGCGAGUGCUCCGUCCAGAACAACGUCACCGUCUGCCACGUCACCAAGCUGAAGAUAUACGCACUUAAUGCAGUUGGCCCCAUACCAGAGGAGCUGCAGAACCUCACGCGCUUGACCAAUCUGGAUUUAAGACAAAAUUACUUAACAGGGCCUUUGCCAUCUUUCCUCGGGAAUUUGACUGCUAUGCAGUACAUGAGUUUGGGCAUCAAUGCAUUGUCUGGAUCUGUUCCAAAGGAGCUUGGGAACCUUGCGAAUCUUGUAUCUCUAGGCUUUGGCUCGAACUACUUAAAUGGCUCUCUUCCAUCAGAGUUGGGAAACCUGGAAAAACUUGAGCAAUUGUAUAUUGAUAGUGCCGGCCUAAGUGGUCCCCUACCGUCAUCAUUUUCUAGGCUAACAAGAAUGAAGAUACUGUGGGCAUCAGAUAAUGAUUUUACUGGGCAAAUACCAGAUUUUAUUGGGAGCUGGACCAAUUUAACAGAACUGCGGUUUCAAGGCAAUUCGUUUCAAGGUCCACUUCCAACCACUCUUUCUAAUCUCGUCCAACUAACAAGCUUAAGAAUAGGUGACAUAGUAAAUGGAAGUUCUUCACUGACAUUCAUCAGUAACAUGACAUCUUUGAGCACAUUAAUUUUGAGGAAUUGCAGGAUAUCUGAUAGCCUGGCAUCAGUGAACUUUUCACAGUUUGCAAAUCUAAACUUAUUGGAUUUGAGUUUUAACAAUAUCACAGGCCAAGUUCCAGAAGCCCUUGUGAAUCUGAAUUCACUCAACUUCUUAUUUCUCGGUAAUAAUAGUCUUUCAGGAAGCCUGCCGAGCUCUAUAGGAACUUCUCUUAAAAAUUUAGAUUUUUCUUACAACCAGCUGUCAGGCAACUUUCCUUCUUGGACUACUCAGAACAAUUUGCAACUGAACUUGGUGGCGAACAAUUUCAUGACGAAUAGUGUAUUACCUUCAGGGCUGUUGUGCCUUCAGAGAGACACACCCUGUUUUCUUGGCUCUCCACAAUCUGCCUCUAUUGCUGUGGACUGUGGGAGCAGUAGACCUAUAUCUGGCUCUGACAACUCCAUGUAUCAACCUGAUGAUGCCAGUCUUGGAGCUGCAUCCUAUUAUGUUACAGGAGCACCAACCUGGGGUGUGAGCAAUGUCGGCAAGUUCAUGGAUACAUCAAAUGGAAGUGGAAGUUACAUAAUCUACAGCUCACGCCAAUUUCAGAACACUCUAGAUUCAGAACUAUUCCAGACAGCAAGGAUGUCGCCAUCAUCUUUGAGAUACUAUGGUAUUGGACUCCAGAAUGGAAACUAUACAGUCACUCUUCAAUUUGCAGAGUUUGACUUUGAAGAUUCACAGACUUGGAAGAGUGUUGGGAGAAGGGUUUUCGAUAUCUAUCUCCAGGGAGAGCGCAAGGAGCAGAACUUUGACAUUAGAAAGGCAGCAGGAGGGAAAUCUUUUACUGCUGUUAAGAAGCAGUAUGUUGUUCCAGUAACCAAAAACUUCCUUGAGAUUCAUCUCUUCUGGGCUGGCAAGGGCACUUGUUGCAUUCCUUAUAAGGGAUACUAUGGUCCUGCAAUAUCAGCCCUGAGUGCAACUCCAAAUUUCAUCCCUACAGUGCGUAGUUCUGCAGACAGCAAGAGCAGCCGUAAAACUGGUGUGAUUGUUGGAGUUGUAGUUGGUGUUUCAGUUUUUGCAUUGAUCGCACUGGCCGGAAUCUUCUUAUGGUGUCAGAAAAGGAGAAAGCUAUUGUUAGAGCUAGAAGAAUUGUAUACAAUAGUUGGAAGGCCAAAUGUCUUCAGUUACAGUGAGCUCAGGUCAGCUACAGAAAACUUUUCUUCUAGUAAUCUACUUGGUGAAGGAGGAUAUGGAUCAGUUUACAAGGGUAAGUUGAGUGAUGGAAGAGUGGUGGCAGUGAAGCAGCUCUCCCAAUCCUCUAAUCAGGGAAAGAUGCAGUUUGCUGCAGAAAUAGAAAUCAUCUCUCAAGUGCAGCACCGUAACCUCGUGAGGUUGUAUGGCUGCUGCCUUGAGAGCAAGACACCGCUGUUGGUCUAUGAGUACCUGGAGAACGGAAGCCUCGAUCAUGCGUUGUUUGGAAAGGGAAGCUUGAAUCUAGACUGGCCAACACGAUUUGAGAUAUGUUUGGGCAUAGCAAGAGGUAUAGCUUAUCUCCAUGAGGAGUCGACCGUCCGCAUUGUGCACAGGGACAUAAAGGCCAGUAAUGUGUUGAUCGAUGCCGAUCUUAACCCUAAGAUCUCUGAUUUUGGCCUUGCCAAGCUCUACGAUGACAAAAAGACUCACGUCAGCACAAAAGUUGCCGGCACGUUUGGUUAUCUCGCACCUGAGUACGCCAUGAGAGGGCAUAUGACCGAGAAGGUUGAUGUGUUUGCGUUUGGCGUGGUCGCGUUGGAGAUUGUUGCUGGUGAAUCAAACUAUCAGAAUAAGAUGGAGGAAGACAGGACCUAUAUAUUUGAAAGGGUGUGGGAACUGUACGAGAACGGGCGGCCGCUGGAGUUCGUGGACCCGAAGCUGACGGAGUACGACGGGUACGAGGUGCUGCGGGUGAUCCGCGUGGCGCUCCACUGCACGCAGGGCUCGCCCCACAAGCGGCCGUCCAUGUCGAGGGUGGUGGCCAUGCUCACCGGGGACGCCGACACGACCGAGGACGUGGCGAAGCCGAGCUACAUCACGGAGUGGCAGGUGAAGGUGGCCGACGUCAGCGGCAGCUUCACGAGCAGCCAGGUGGGGUCGUCGUCGACGCAGCCGCAGUCGUCGUCCUCCGGCGGCGGCGUCCAGGCGAGCCCGGAGCCCGGGGACCUGACGCCCGUGGUCCCGUCGCCGCUCUUCACCUCCAUCAUCGAUGAGGGCAGGUGA